UCUAAAAUCAAUUUGAUAGAUCAUACAAAAACGACAAAUUCAGAAGAUGAAAUACAUCAUCAUCAACAAAAAUUAUCACCGAAAUCAAGUUCAUUACAAUUUGGUGCUAAAAUCAUACGUAACAAUAAUUUACCUACCGUACAACCAUUGCCGUCUAGUGGCGAUAAAUCAAAUUCAUUACCAAAUUAUGUUGGAUCAAUUGUAAGAACGGUAUCACCGAAUUUAAAUGAUUAUGGAACAAUUUCAACAACAACAACAACACCUACUACUACUACUACUACUACGGCGGCAACAACAGCAACACUGAAACCACAAUCAUCGGCUAUAAUUCGUGAUAAAUAUCGUAUCGAUUAUCUAAGACAACGUUAUAAUAAAUCAAAAUUAUUUAAUUCAACAUCAACAACAACAACGACAACAGAAUCAACAAUUGGAAAUGAUAAUCAAUCAUCAUCACCGGCACCGGUUUAUACGACAACUAAACCAUUAUUUCGUAAUCAUAAUAAUCAUGGAAAAUUUUUAUGGAAAAAUCGAAAUUCUAACCCAACAACAACAAUGAAUGUAACUGAAAUUGAUCCAAUACAAUCAUCGGAUAAACGAAUGGAAAUUCAACGUAUGAAACCAAAAUCUAUGUUGAAAUCAAUUCAAACAAAAAAUCGUCAACAAGAUACAAUGAAAUGGCGUCCAUAUCAUCAACGAACAUUGAAAACAUCGACAUCUACAACUUCAACGACCACAACAACAUCAACGACAACAACGUCGACGACCACUACUACUACAACUAUGGCACCACCAGCACCCGUAUAUAAACAUCCGGAGCAGGAAAUUCAUCAAAAUUCACAAGAUUUAAAAAAUUCAAUAAAAACAACAGAAUCGUCACAAAAUUUACAGAUACCUAAACCACCACAAUCUUCAUUGGAUUAUUCAUUCAUGUCAGAUAUGAUGAUGAUGAGAAAUGUGCCAACAACAACGCCAUCAACUAUUACAACAAUGGUAACACCACCAAAUUAUCAUCCAUUUAAUAUUGAUGAUGAUGACGAUGAUGAAAAUUUGAAACUUAGUGAAAUUUUUGAUCGAAAAUUCAACAUGAUCAAUGAAAUUUAUCGAAAAAAAUCACAACAAAAUAUUGAUCAUCAUCAUCAUCAAUCUGAUUUAUUGAAAUUGGCCACGAUAAAACCAUCAUCUCCACCAACGACAACACAGCCACCAGAAGUAUUUGUUACGAUUGAGAAUAAAUUCUAUGUAUUGCGCAAUAAUACACCUGUUGUACAUCAUCAGAUUCAGGAUCUUGAUGAACCAUCAAUUCAGCCAUUAGAGGUGAAAAUAUCAAAUCAAGAGCCAACGAUUUCUUCGAUUCACCAAAAUGCACCAACUAUCCAUCAUCAUCAUCAGCAUUAUUUUCAGCAGCCACAAUAUGGACAAAAAAUCAAUCAACAACAAUCAUCGAUAGAUAAUAAUCCACAAUAUCCAGAAUCAUUGAUGCAUUUCGUGCAGAAAUAUAAUGCAAUACCGUUAAUAAAUCGACAGCAGCAACAAUCGAUGAAUUCGAUAAUUAAUCCACCAUCAUCAUCGUUGGAUUUUAAUCAAGAUUUUCAAUCACCAUCAUUCACGCCAACUGUAAUACCAUUACAUCAACAACAACAACAACAACAUCAUCAGCAGCAGCAGCAGCAAAAGCCAAAAUUUGAAAAUUCAAAUCUUAAUAACGAUGAAUUAUAUCAGAUGGAUAAAUAUAAUCGAAAUAACCAUAUGCUUAAUCAAAUGAUGAUGAUGAAUUCUGAAUCAAUGGAACAGGAAACAAUUGAUAAUGGUAAUGAUAAUCCAUAUACAUUAGUAAGACAUUAUAUACAGACAUAUACACCGGAUGAAACGGAAAUUUCUGGUUUUGAACAAGCGAUGAAUGUUAUUCGUAAUGAUCUUAAUGAUAAUCGGCAACAACAACAACAACAACAGCAACAACAACAACAACGACAGAAACCAUUAAUGUUUUUACCAUUAUCAUUGACAACAACUACGACAACAUCAUUAAAACCAACAACAAAUGAUGAUAAUAAUCAUCACCAUCAUCAUCAUCAUCAGGAUGGUACGAAAAUAUUGCCGAGACCACCAGCAAAAUUAUAUACAAUGCCUAAAAAUGCAUAUCUAGAUCAUCCACAAUUGGAAACAAUACAUACACCACAGCAGAUUUCUAUUGAUCCAUUUUUAAAGACAAUGAUGGACAUGAUACAAGAACAAGCUGUAAAUCGUUAUAGUGAUUUAUCAUCAAUGAAUCGUGGUAAACAAUCAUCAUCAUCAUCAUCAACAACAACAGCAGCCAUUUCCAGACAACCAAAUCAUUCAAUAGUGCAUAAUAGUUUGUCGGCUUCGGAAUCACAACAAACAAAUCGACGACAACGUAAUAAACAAAUGCAAAUCCCAUCACCAUCAUCACCAUUGCCAAAAUAUUAUUUUGGCAUGCCAAGACCAAUAAUGAUGAAAUCACCACAACAACAACAUGAACGAAUAAAAUCGUCGAUAUUUAAUAAUGAUAUCGAUGAUGAUAAUUUGGAAUUAAAGUUAAAUGAUGUUUAUGGUAGACCACAAAAAUUGAAAACAAUAGGUGAUCUUUUGCAACAACAACAACAACAACAACAACAAAUUUUGAAAAAUCAUGAUUCUUCAUCAACAAAAUUAUUGGAUUCCAAUUCACAUGUUAUCGUGGACAAUGAUAAUAAUCGACCACAUUCUGAAACAUUGUCGUCAUCACCAUUAUUUCAUAAAACACCGGAAUCAAUGAUGACAAUGAUGAAUGUUGAUCCAUUUGAAGAAUUUUAUGAUCGUGAUAGGAUAUUAUCAUUGAAUAAUGCAUUAAUUGAUUAUCCAUCUAUUCAAUGGAAAUUACCAUUAUCACCUACAGAAGUGGCAAAAAAUGCUGCAUUACAAUAUGAAAAAAAUUAUAUAAAACAAACAUUGCCAUCAUCAACUAAUGAACAGAAAAAUUAUCAUAAUAAAAAACAUUACAAAAUGAUGAUCAGGAUGCGGAAAAAAUGA